AUGCUGGCAAGGCCAUUGGCGUCAGUCAAGGCUACAUUCGCCACAAUCGUGCUCACGCCACCAAGAUGUCGUCCACUGACCAGAGGCGGGCCGCGAACAGCAGCGUCCUUCUCAACUUCGCACCUUCUCCGAGCUAGUGGCGUGGUCAGUCUUGGCACUGCAAAUCAGCCAGGCGACCCUCGUCUCUUCGAUACGCUCGAGCCACGCACAUUCUCCAUCAUCGCCCAUGUCGACCACGGCAAGAGCACACUUGCCGAUCGGCUCCUUGAGCGGACUCGUACCAUUGCGCAGGAUGGCUCCAAUAAGCAGGUCCUCGACAAGCUCAAGGUAGAGAGAGAUCGCGGUAUCACAGUCAAGAGUCAGGCCGUAAGCAUGGUCUAUGACCAUGGCUCUGGUGACCAUGCCAAGAAGUAUUUGCUCAAUCUCAUCGAUACGCCUGGACACGUCGAUUUCGCCUACGAGGUGUCUCGCAGUCUCGCAGCUUGCCAGUCUGCACUGCUCAUCAUCGACGCAACGCAGGGAGUUCAAGCGCAGACGAUUGCCAACUUCAAGCUCGCUCAAAACCUCGGCUUGCCUCUGAUACCCAUGCUGAACAAGGUCGACUUGCCCGCCUCAGACCCAGACCGCUGCCUCAAGCAGCUCGAAGAGCUCGGCAUCGACAUCAUCGAUCCGCAGCACGAGCCUCUGCUCAUCAGCGCCAAGACGGGAAAGGGCGUCGAGGCGGUACUAGAAGCCAUUGUACAGCGGACAUCCGCUUUGCCGGGCACGGAGGAAGGGGCAGUCGUCGAUCGCGAGGGGCCCGGCCUUCGAGCCCUCGUCUUUGAUAGCUGGUAUGACUCAUUCAAGGGCGUCAUCGCCCUCGUCUCCAUCAUGGACGGCGCUAUGAAGAAAGGCAACUUCAUCGUCUCUGCGCACUCGGGGAAAAGAUACGAGGUUCUCGAUGUAGGCGUCAACUACCCCGAUGCUCGCUCGACCGGCAUUCUGCGAAAGGGACAGGUCGGUUGGGUCAUCUGCAACAUGAAAGACAUGCGCGAGGCCACAAUUGGAGACACGAUGCAUCUCCUUGGCGAGAAGAUUGAAGCUCUGCCUGGAUUCAAGCCGUCAGUCCCCAUGGUGUACGCGUCAGCCUACCCAGUCGACACGACGGAUUUCGUCAAGCUCGAGGAGGCUAUCAAUCGCCUAGCGCUCAACGAUCGCUCCAUCACCGUGCAGCGUGAGUCAAGCAUGGCCCUCGGACAAGGCUGUCGUCUGGGUUUUCUAGGUACUCUGCACGCCGAGAUUUUCCGCACUCGCCUCAGUGAAGAGUAUGGCCAAGAGAUUCUCGUCACAGCGCCCACCGUACCCUAUCGCGUCACGUACCCAGACGGGACGACGAAGAUCGUCUCGAGUCCCAUCGACUUUCCUACCGACGCGGAGCGAUCCAAGCAAGGCGGCGUCGUGCUUGAAGAGCCAGUAGUGCAUGGCACGCUGACGUGCCCUGAGGAGUACACGGGAGAGAUGAUGCAGCUAUGCAGCGAGCAUCGUGGUGAGGAGGUAGAUGUCAACUUCUCAGAGCUGACGGGUCAGCAGAGACAGGUGCAGCUCAAGUACCGACUGCCGCUGGCCGAGAUUGUGUCCGACUUCUUCCCGAAGCUCAAGUCGCGCUCGAGCGGGUACGCUGGAUUUGAGUAUGAGAUUGUUGAGGGGGAUGAGUACCAGACAAGUGACCUCGUGAAGCUCUCCUUCCAACUAUCCGGCACGCCAAUCGACGCCCUCUCGAUGAUCAUGCAUCGCUCGAAGUCUAUCCUAGCCGGACGCGCCUGGGCCAAGAAGCUCAAGGAUGUCGUUCCCCGUCAAUACUUUGAGAUAGCAGUCCAGGCCCUUGUCGGUGGGAAGGUCGUAGCCCGCGAGACGGUCAAAGCCUUCAGGCGCGAUGUGACUGCAGGAAUGUAUGGUGGAGACCAAACGCAUGUCUUUACUAGCAAGCUGGGCCAGCAUUUCACUCGCCUGCUCCGCACCCUCGACUUUUCCCCGCUCCUUCGAGGGGCAGGGGCAGUCUUCCGUGCUCCUCCGACCCAUCACGCCUCCUACCACCAGUCCAUGCUCGCCGCUCAUCGCUCGGCGCAGCGCAAUAUCGCCACUUGGACGCGCUUCGCCGCAAGUCGUGCCCGCCCCCUUCCUGGUCAGCAUGUCCUUCAGGGGCCGGGACUGCAGACCGCCAGACAAUUCUCCUCUGCAGGACCCAAGGCAGCCUACCUAAUCACUAAUGCGCCCCUUGCGCUGCGUCUUGGCGGUGAUGAGUUGCGCGAUGGCUAUGCAACGGGCUAUACCGGCAAGCCUGGGCAGGCUAGUGCCACCAAGAUGCCCAUGCGCCGAAGCCCCCGCCGCAGCGCAGGACUCAGCAAGGCGCCAAAGGUCGAGCUGCCCCGCAUGUCCAAGGCGCCUGUUAAGCAGGGCCACGCCAAGACUCCUGCAGUGCCCGCUGAGGGACUGCUCCCCUCACACGAGAUGAGCUUCUACUUCCCUGAAGCCCCCGUUACCCCCGCGCCUACCACAGCCGAUGUUACCACCGAGCUCAUUAUCCCUAUGGAGCCAGACCUGGUCACCAUCCUCGCCCGCCCCUCAUCCUUCGACGACGACGGCGAGUCUGACUACACUUCCAGCGAUCAUAUGCUCACCGAAGAGCUGCAACAUCGUGCUCGGCUCACGAGCGACAGCUAUCAUCUGCACAAGCUCAAGCUUCGUGCUGUCUGGCAGCUGCUCGAGGAGAUGGAGGCCGGAUCUGCCUCUUUGCUGCCUUCUUCCGGACAGAAGCAGAAGCACCGCCUUCGUGAGACGGACGUUGAAUUUAUGCCCAACACGGCUCAUCACGUAGGAUAUCGUGUCAAGGUUCGGGGGUACUCGGCGCUAGAGGUGAAAGAGUUGCUGAUUUCUAGGCUGGGCAGCAAGCACGGCGCUUGGUUUGGGCAGCUAGUCCGCGAGGUGCCCGCAGCCUCGUCACCGACGAGCGCAGCGUCUCCAUCGGCCGCGUCGCGAAGCGAUCAGUCAGACUCAGACGGCAGCUUCUCCAUGUUGCACGCACCGCCCAGCCCAAGCGACUUGGGCGGCGACAGUAGCGAUGGGUUCGAACAGGAUCUUUUCUCCCCUUCAGCCAUCGUCUCGCCGCAGCUGCCCUCUAGAUCCUCCUCUUCCUCCUCCUUCUCGUCGCGACGACCAAGCUCGUCCUCAACGGGCUCGAUGCUGCACAGUCCUCCAUCGCUCAAUUUCUCGGCUUCCUUCUCCUCCAACUUCAGCGAUGAGGACGAUGACCUGUACUUGCAGGAUAGUCGUCGCCUGUGA